UGGAUUUCUCACCACACCGGAAACAAGGAAAUGCCGAGCUGACACGUAAAGACAUUCAUGUGCAAGAAUGAUCGCAACGCUUCUAAAAUCCUUUCAAUUUCGUUAAACAUGGAGUUCACUAACCGUUGAGGUUGUGUUACCUUUCCAAAGAGUUGGGCUUUUAUCUGUCUUAUCGAUGAUGUGUUAUCUCUGUUGUUUCGCUCAAACGCGGACUGUUUCAGCUGAUCAACUCAUUUUGUUUUCAAACGCAGUCACUUGGAUUCAUUAGUAAAGAGCUACUGCUUUUACAUGAUCCAUUGAACUGAUGGCUCACAUUAUAAAGAAUGACAUUAAUCACGAGGACUGGAUGUCAUGUUUGCCAGAGAAACUGUGGGAUGUUCCUUUAACACAUCUCUCAAUACCAGGUAGCCAUGAUGCAAUGAGCUACUGUCUGGAUAUUACUUCUCCACUGCUCCGAUCUGAGUCAGACACAUUUAGGUUACUGGAUGGAGUUUUCUGCUGUUUCACACGGCCAGCUAUUCGCAGAUGGGCUACUACUCAGGAGCAAAACAUUGUGGAGCAACUUGCAACAGGCAUUCGAUACUUUGAUCUUCGAAUUGCCCACAAACAGUAUGAUUCUUCCAAUGAACUUUACUUCACUCAUGUCAUUUACACACAGGCAAUGGUCAUUGAAACUCUACAGUCUGUUGCUUCAUGGCUUGAAUCACAUCCCAAAGAAAUCAUCAUUCUAGCUUGUAGCCAUUUCGAAGGGCUAAAUUAUAAAAUGCAUGAGGAAUUCAUCUAUUCGCUGAAGAAAAUCUUUGGCUCAAAACUGUGCCCUCGCGACGUGGCCCUAUUGACCUUGCGGAAUCUGUGGGCAUCAGGCUAUCAAGUUGUGCUGUCAUAUGAAGACCAGUCAGCAUCACGCUAUAAGGAGUUAUGGCCUCCUAUCCAAUACCUUUGGGCCAAUAAGCCUAAUGCAGAAGAGCUGAUCAACUUUCUUGAAUGCCAGAAACGACUUGGUCGGCCUAAGGGGUUUUUUGUAGCAGGCCUGAAUUUAACGACAGAUCGCUGCUUCAUCGCAUCUCAUCCUUGGGUGUCUCUUCAAACUCUGACCUUUGAGAACUGGAACCAAGUGAAGAAAUGGCUAGAAGAUCAGAAACCAGGAGCUGAACCCACAUGUCUCAACAUAAUAGCAGGCGACUUCAUUGGUCCUGUUCCAUUUUGUUCGCUUGUUAUUGCUCUCAACAAAAAACUGCUUUAAAGAGCUGUUGAAGUAAAAUGGGUUUAUAUGUGAACUCUUUGUUACAUGUGAAGGCAUUGUUUAAGGAAUCAUUUGGGUCACAAACUCAAGGCUUACAAACUAAGCAUGUUUCUAGUGAUCUAAAGUGUAUUCAGACUACUGCCUAAACGAGACAAUGUGCAAUAUUCAAUCCUUAGUAAGUUUACAUGUGCCUUUUAAUGUGUAAUUCUGCUUGAUGAAUCAAGCUGCCUUUUCAAAAUUUGUAUCAAGCUUUGAGAGUUAAAACUAAAAAUUUCCUGAGACAUGUAUUUUCUACCAACAUUGUUUAUAUAUUAACACAAAUCGACCUCGUUUCUCAAUGUCUCACUUUUAUUGUAUUAAAAUACUGGUUUUGAGAUAUUUGAAAUACACUGUUAAUAAAGCAAAUCAAUAUUUAAAGAUCA